AUGGAGAUGAGCGGCUCAAAAUUCUCUGAUCUGGCUGUAAUCUGGCGACCUCCGACCUUUCGCGGCCGGCUGAUGCUUUUCUCAGAGCCGCUGUCUCCCUCAAAGAUCAGUGAACUGACGAGUGAUUGUCUGUCACGUGGUGAAGAUGACAUGGAGAAAAGAGGGGAAAAAUUGGAGCUUGGACCUGGUUUAUACUUGCCACCGGGAACGGCCGAGACUUUGAGCUGUGCCGCCAAAAUUGUUGACCUGACGGUGUCUUCACCGACUAUUAUUGUUGAAAGAGCAGGAUCUCAUACUUGGGCACACAGAAGCUGGCGAGUUAGGGAAGAGAUUGCUCGUACAAUUACAUCUGCUAUUAGUCUGAUUGGAUCUACUGAACUACCACUUCAACUUGCCAUUUUACCACAUCUUGCAAGAUGUCCGAAACAAUUGCUUGGCUCAAGGCACAAGUUGGGACUUGGCAUGAUGUGGAAGAUGAAUAAGCAGGAGGAAAAUGAUGCCCUUCCGGCUUGCGAAUAG